GUUCAUACGGUCUCAGGCUCACCACAGCCCUGCAACCCAACAACAACAACGCCGUUGCUUGUAAACAAUGGCUGAUAGCGGCCUCAAUUUUCAACGUAUUUUUACGAAAGUACAAUCAACGUUACCACGCUGCAUUGAAGAUGUAGAUGCUUUACCCAUCACAAACAUAUUUUCUACGAAAAUAAGUGAGACAACAAAGCACUGUGUUGAGGCAGCAAUCCGCAACUAUGUUACUAAGAAGGUGAUUGAUGGGGAAACUACAGAGUUAGCCACUGUUACAGCUAUAACAUCAGUAUGCAUAGAAUUAGUGCGCCACGAGUUAAGCCUCCCGACCCUGCCUGUGCUGGUGCUCACCGAUUCUUUUGACAUGCUUACUAUCAAACAGUGCGAGCAACUCUUCUCUUUUGUUGAAAGUAAUGUUGGUGUCUGGAAAGAGGACACAUUCUUCACACCUUGUAAAACCAUGGUACUUCGCAUGUGUAAUGAUCUUUUGCGCCGACUCUCGCGCUCCCAAAAUACAGUGUUUUGUGGUCGAAUUCUUCUCUUCUUGGCAAGAUUCUUUCCAUUUUCUGAGAGAUCAGGAUUAAAUUUGGUGUCUGAAUUUAACCAUGAAAAUGUUACCACCUUUACGAAUGUGGAGACUACAGAUAUGGAAGAUGAUGAAGAUGAAGAAAAAGGUGAAGAAAAUCGACUACGACUGGGCUACACCCUGUAUACUAAAUUCUGGUCACUCCAAGACUUCUUCAGAAACCCAGUUCAGUGUUUUCAAAAGGCACCUUGGAAGAUGUUCACUGUGUAUUGUGGAGAUGUUUUAGAAGCAUUUAGAAGUUUCAAGUUGGAUAAUGUCCAGAGCAGUGGAAGUGGAGGGGCUCAUCUCACUCGUACAUUAUCUGAGCCGACACAUUCGAAUGAAAGUUCCAGCUUGCAACCCCAGGUGGACCAGUAUUUUGCAAAGUACUUAACAAACCAGAAGUUGCUCGACCUUCAGUUUUCAGAUACAAAUUUCCGUCGUUAUGUUUUACUGCAGAUCUUAAUCUUGGCUCAGUACUUGACCUCCAAUAUCAAGUUUAAACAGGAGACGUUAACAGAAGAACAGUCAGCCUGGGUGAAGAAAACAGAAGAAGUUGUGUAUUCAUUGCUUGAAGAGACUCCUCCUGAUGGUCCUGUCUUCGUCACCACUGUCAAACAUAUAUUAAAGAGAGAAGAAAUGUGGAGUGAAUGGAAAAAUGAAGGUUGCCCAGAAUUCAAAAAACCAGAAGGUUAUGAGAAAAGAAAGGUGAAACAGAAUGGUAAGGUGGAAGAGCAGAAAGAGGAUGGUGAUACCAAGUCAUCCAAGAAAUUACGUCAGAAGCGAAAAGUGGGUGAUAUAAUACGAGAUGCUGAUUCAAAAAAUAAGUUUUCUAUGGGCAAUUCUGAAAUGACUCGUCUUUGGAACCUGAAUACUAAUAACCUGGAAGCAUGCAAGAUGCUUGAUCGAGACUUUGUACCAGCGCUUGAGACCUACUUCACUCCAGCUAUUGAGCAGCUUAGUCCAAAGUCAGAACUGAAAGAACAGGACAGGCUAGUCAAUGACAGCAACUUUGGGUGGCGAGGUUUGCGACUGCUGGCCUGCCGCUCGCCCCAUUUCUUCACUCAUUCAGCCAGUCCUAUUGCCACAUUACCUGAAUAUCUUACCACCAUGAUCAAGAAACUAGCAAAAGAUUUACCUUCACAGCUAACAGCAGAUAUUAAAGUGGAAGAAGAAGAUGAUAAAGAGGAGGAAAAGGUUAUCCCUGUGCUAGAGCAAAAUGAUGGGGUGAAGGAAGAAGAGGAAGACAUGGAGGAGGAUGGUGGAGAUGAAGAACGAGCAGAUAUCAAGGCUAUCACUGAGGAGGAGCAGAAAGCUCUGGCUAAGAAUUUUGAUAAACUCUGCAAAGAUAAAUGGAAGCUCCUUGCCAAGAAGCUUGGAUUUGAAGACGAUGAGAUUGAAUUUAUCGAGAAGGAGAAGGCAAGCAAGGAGGGCAGUGUGGAGAGCCAGGUAGCAUAUAUGUUAAAACUUUGGGUGGAAAAUGAAGGUGACGAGGCCAAUAAGGAGAGUCUUCUCUAUACGCUUGGUGGCAUGAAGAUGGCAGCCAUUGCUGAUGGAAUAUUCACUUGAUAUAUUUAAAUGACUUAUUGGAGACAGUUCUAAAAAAAAUCAUAUUUUUUUAUAUGCAUAUAACCUUUGACGAUUUUUUUCAUGCAAUAGGGCCCUGGCUUACUACAUUUUGCAUUUAUGACAGUGGCAUUUUAGAACCUAUUGCUUAUUAACAAACACUGAUUUGUAGUUAUGAUUAUUGAUUAUAUUAAAAAAAAUAUACAGUGGAACCUCGGUUUACAUCAUUAAUUUGUUCCAGAAAAGUCUGACGAAAAUCGAAUUUAAUAUGGAACAAAAUUUCGGCCCAAAAACCGGCCUAAAUACAAUUCGGCCAAUACCAGCAGCGGCCAAUAUUCGGGGUUCCACUGUACAUGCAUGUGUAGUGUGACCUAAAUGUAAGUAGAAGUAGUAAGACGUACCUGAAAUCUUGCAUGUUUGUGAGACAGAAAAGACACCAGCACUCCUACCAUCAUGUAAAACAAUUACAGGCUUUCGUUUUACACUCACUCGACAGGAUGGUAGUACCUCCCUGGGCAGUUGCUGCCUACCAACCUACUACCUAGCACUCAGUGAACUUAUUCCCCUAUAAUUUUUACAGUCUCUUUUGUCCCCCUUCCCUUUAUGUAAAGGAACUAUACAUGCUCUCAGCCAAUCCCUAGGUACCUUCCCCUCUUUCAUGCAUUUAUUAAACAAAAACACCAAUCACUCCAA